GUAACUUUAUGUGUAUUAAUUUUAUUUCUAUUAGACUGUCAAACAAGUGUAUUGUGUCUGUUUUCUAUAUAGUAACAGUCCUAUAUUUACAUACAUAUUCGAGUGCUGCCUCUUUGUGAUAAAGCAUUAAUACUUAUUUAUAAAAAAAAAAAACAAUAUUUUCUUUAUUGCACUUAAACAAUACAUAUAGCUAUUAGUUUAACAACUUGUUUGCUAUAAUAUACUCAGACAUUAUAACUAUCACAUUGAAUAUCACACUUUAUAUUAUUGCUAAUCAGCUUUUUAUAAAUUGCAAUAGAGUUACUAAAAAUGUUAACAUGUCUAUGGUGACAAACAAGUGUACAGCCCGUCUGAGGGCCUACCGUCAAAUAUUUUCCAAAAUUUCGGGGACAAACAGAAAUUAGAUGUUAAAAUUACAUAAUACAUGCCGUUUAAAAUCAUUAAAAAUGUUAAAAUAUCGUUCCUCUGGACUAUUAGGAUAGGAUUUAUGAUGAGCGAAAUGUUAGGCUCCAUUUACUAGGUUGAUUUAGGUACGAACACAAACACGAAAUUGAGCCCGAAAAUUCGGAAUUUCAUUUCAUGGUAGCCUAUGGACUGUAGCCUAUGGACACCUGCAACACUAGGAGUGUCACAUGCCUGUUGCUGACCCUCAAGAAACGCACAAUGGCCCAAAUGAGAGGCUGAGCCCAGAAAAUAGAGUUCUAUUCACAUUUCACCCUUUUUGAAGAACCCCAUACUGUAGUCUCUAGGGAAAUUAUCUCGUUUUACGGGGUAUCUCACAACUGUAUUUAACAUUUUUAUAUGGUUAUCCUUGUUAGUAUUCAUUAGAGUUGACUUUAAGGCAACUUAAAAUAACAUACAAGAUGUUGACAAGACAAGAUGAUGACCCACCUGAUAGAAGUGGUAACCAUUCACACGUAACCAAAUAUGACUCAUGAUUUGUGUUCAGAGAUUUAAGAUAUAGACGUUAUUAUUGUUAUGUGUGUAUAUUAUUAUAUGUAAUUAAUAUAAUUCCAUUUAAUUAUACAUAUUGUUUUGACUCCAUUUCUAUGUCCAAGAAAUCAGCUCCUGUAAAUCACGUGAUACUAUUUUGGUAUUUUUUUUUGGCUGAUAAUGAAAUAGUAACCCCACUUGCACUAUCGGUAUACACCGGCGGGGCACCAGUGUAGGAUGAUAGGUGAGGAUGAAGCAGGUCAAUUAGCCCAUCGUGACGAAUUCAACAAGAAUUGUUCACGAUGGUUACCAGGGGGAACCACGUGGACAUCGACCUGAUAGGGCUGAUAUUGCUAGCAAUGGGGCUGUCAAACUCCAUUGCUAACAAUCCCUUUCCUGCAACUAUUUUGGUACUAGCCAUUGGCCCUUAUUGGCCCAUUCACUCCAGUCCAUCAAAUUUUAUAAUGCAUCAUCAUUCAAAAAAAUGCAUUAAGAAAAAACACAAUUUUUUACUCUUAAAUAAAUUAAUUCAAAAACUAGUCAAAACACCCAUAGGCUAGUACACAUAUAUGUUACUGUACUGAUGUUUUCCUAUUGGGAAACUGUAAAGCUCAUAUAUAAUAGAAUAAGUGGCAACACUUAACCUAAUAACAUACUAUGCACUGUGUUCCCAAAAUAAAUUGCAUUAUACUAAUUUAAAGUGUUUAAUCUUUUGCAAAUAUAGUUGCGCUUGUUGCAAAUUUUACCUUAUUGUUUGUAAGUAAUUAGAUUUCUCAUAAUUGUGAUAAUUUUCAUAAUAAAUACUCGCGUAUUUCGAUUCAUCUCAUAAUAAGUGUCAAACUGUGAAAUUGAAAACUACCCACAUUUUACGUGAUACUGUCGACCAUCAUAUUGGACUCAGUGCUGCCUACCACAAAAGACUAUUAAAGAUUAAUUAAUAGGGAGAAUUUAGACGCUGUGUUCGAGUAUCUAUACCAUAAAAAUGUCGGAAUCAUCCUUAUCGUGGGGUUGCUGCGGCCUGGAUAAUAGCGAGGAAGAAUACAUUUGCUGCUCUCAGUGUGGACAUGCAUAUCAUAUUAAUUGUUUGAAUCCAAAUGGGAAUACGUCAGACUUUGAAAUCGUGUCUGAUUGGAAUUGCCCAGCCUGCAAACCUGUAAGAAGAAGCUUAAACAAAGACGUAACACCAGCACGUCAACAUGGUCUUAAUCCUAUUGAACGCAAUGCAUCCAAAAGGCCUAAUAAAAGAAUGGCCCUCUCAUCCCCUUCGGAACAAAAAGAAUCAGCAGCAUAUAUGACACAUAAUGACAUUCGAGACCUGGUGAAGGAAGUUAUUAAAUCUGAGUUGAAAACAGCGAUUUCUAACAUGAGUGAGACCUUCACUAAUGAAUUGAGAGCUGUCAAAGAUGAAAUGCGUAAUAUGAGAGAUUCCAUGAGUUUUAUAAACAUUCAAUAUGAAGAAAUUAUAAAACAAAAUAAUAUCAACUCAGAAAUCAUAAAAAAAUUGCAGUCUGAAGCCGUUGACAUGCGUUCCACAAUUACAAAUCUAAACAAUCGUAUUAACCAAAUCGAACAGGCUACACGUGCUAAUAAUUUGGAGGUACAAUGCGUCCCGGAGACUAAUGGAGAGAACACCUUUGAAAUGAUUCAAAAGAUAGGUAAUGCAAUUGGUUACAGCAUCUCGGAGUCAAGUGUCACACAUUGUAUACGUACUGCAAAGAUAAACCGGUCUAGUUCACGUCCCCGCUCAAUUGUAGUGCAGUUUAACUCUCGAAAAACUCGCGAUAGUUUUAUGGCUGCUGCAAUUAAGUUUAACAAGUCUAAUCCACACGAUAAACUCAACACUGUAUCCGCUGGAAUAAGUAACAUAAAACGACCCAUUUAUAUAACAGAACAUCUCUCACCUGCUAAUAAGGCACUUCACGCUGCAGCGCGAUCCAGAGCGAAGGCGUUGAACUAUAAGUAUGUUUGGGUACGUGAUGGAAGAAUAUUUGUGCGGAAGGAUGAUGGAGCUAACUACAAUCUAAUAAAGAGCAUAGACUGUAUAAAUAAGUUAGUGUAAAUUUUAUAGUAUUAUUUUAAGUCAUGUAGUAGUUUGUACAACUUUAAAAUUCUCAUCGAUUAAUAUAUUGUAUCAAAAUGUCCGUGGGCUUAAAACCAAAACACAGGAUUUCUAUUUAAAUGUGUUAAAUUGUAACACGGACAUUAUUGUAUUAACUGAAACCUGGUUAAACGAUGGUAUAGACAGUUCGGAACUUUUUUGUGAUAGGUAUGUUGUAUAUAGACGUGAUCGCCAGACUAGUAAUAGUUCUAAGAGUGAGGGAGGUGGUGUUGCUAUUGCUGUCACGAAAGAGCUUGUAUCCCACCGAAAAAAGUCAUGGGAGAGUAGCUGUGAAGACCUAUGGGUUGUUAUUAAUGUUUCUAUUUCUGAUUCAAUCCAUCAAGUCGCCUUAUGCGCAUUGUAUCUCCCGCCUCCUGUUGAUAGAAUGUUACUGGAUAAAUUCUUAACAAAUUGCAAUAGAGUAUCUGAAAUCCAUGAUAUGCAUACUUGUAUAUUUGGCGAUUUUAACUUGGGCAGCAUCGACUGGAAGGCUAUAGAUAAUUCUGCUAUUGGAUAUCGUUUAUCUGCCAGAGACCAAUUAAUGCUAGAUUUUUGUAGAAUUAAUCAUUUUCAUCAGUGCAACAAUGUUGUCAAUAUUCGAAACAAUAUACUUGAUCUUGUUCUGGUUGACUUCUCCCAUUGCGAAGUCAAUAGGGCAGCUGCACCUCUUAGUAGAAUUGAUCUGCUUCAUCCGCCAUUGGAAAUCGUUAUUUCUACCGGAAUAUCUAAAACACUAAAUAAUAACACAAAUAAUAUAAGAUAUAAUUUCCACAGAGCGGAUUACGAAUCUAUCAAUGGAUAUCUUCAGAGUAUUGAUUGGAAUGAAAAGUUUGAAAAUCUUGGCUCUGUUAAUGAUUUAGUGGCUAUUUUUUUACGUCUGACGGGUCACUUGUGCAAAUGGGUGUACCUCAAGGAUCUAUUCUCGGUCCAUUUUUAUUCCUAGUUUACAUUAAUGAUCUCCCAUAUGCCAUGCAGGAUAGAUGCGGCAUAGUAUUGUUUGCAGACGAUACUUCAUUGAUUUUUAAAGUUAAUAGAAUGACUAAUAAUUAUGACGAUGUAAAUAGUGCUUUGCGGCGUCUCCUGCACUGGUUUACAACUAACAAUCUUAUGUUAAACGCUAAAAAAACAAAAUGUGUUAAUUUCUCUCUAUCUAAAAGUUUUAAUACUAAUUGCAAUAUUAAAUUAAAUGACGAAUCUCUCGAAUUUAUAGAAUCUACUGUCUUUCUAGGAAUCACACUAGAUAGUAAAACACAAUGGGGUGCACAAAUUCAAAGCCUUGCAGCGAAACUAAGUUCAGCAGCUUUUGCCGUGCGUAAAGUUAGACAGUACACUGAUACUGAUACUGCUAGAUUAGUCUAUUUUAGUUAUUUUCAUAGUUUACUCUCUUAUGGAAUAUUACUAUGGGGAAAAGCGGCAGAUAUUAAGAAUAUAUUCAUAUUACAAAAACGUGCCGUUCGAGCGAUCUACUGUAUGAAGAGUCGUGACUCAUUAAGAGAGAAAUUCAAAGAGGCAAAUAU